CUCCUCAGGAGAACUACUUAAAGCCGUAACACAUCAAACUGUAACUCAGUUGUAUCCCUCCGUCAACAUGCAUCUCCUGCCGCUGAUGUUCGGGAUUCUGCUUCUACCUGAAGCCUCCACCCUGAGAUGUUACGUGUGUAUACCGGGAGCCUCGGGAACGUGCACGCAAACAAUCAAAGAAUGCCCUCAGGGUCAACAGUGUGCUGCAAUGAGAGUUGUUACAUACGCAGAUGGUUCAAAAGUUCAAGUACUGAACAAACAACAAUGUCUUGACGCCGAAUACUGUGGAGAGUACUCGCUCAACUAUGGAAAGUUACAAUACAAAUUCAUCACCAAGUGUUGCACCUCUGAGCUCUGCAACACCCAGCCGGCCCCAGAACCCAGCAAAUUACCAAACGGUAAGAAGUGCUACUACUGUGAUGAACGAACGUGCAACAACACCGUAAACUGUGACGGGACCGAGGACAACUGCUUCUCAGCAACACAGAACCAAGGAACAGUAAUCUUGAAGGGCUGUGUGUCCAAGCACAUGUGCACCAUGAGGGAUCAGUCCUGGGCCCGACCACUCACAUACAGAUGCUGUGAGGGGAACCUCUGCAACGCCGCCAGCAGCUUCAGCGCCGGCCUCGUGCUGCUGGCCGCCCCGCUGCUCUCUCUGCUCGGGAUCUCUUAUUAACUCCUGGAGACGCUGAAUCUAGGGCUGCACGAUAUGAGGAAAAUAUAUAAUUGCGAUUUUUUUGACUGAUAUUGCAAUUGCGAUAUGAUUCACGAUAU